GUAAAACAAACGGACUAGGCCGGAUAGAGGGUUUUCUACUGAAAAAGACAGCGCGAAGUGGCAGGCGGGUUUCGUUGUUUUAUGUAACUGGGUGCGCGCACAGUCCGUCCGCGUCAUUUCGUCGCCGGUCAGCGGAGGAUCUAACGGCUCUCGAUACAAGUCGAUCACUGUUUCCGAUCAGCUUCGUUGUUCGGUUUACCGACGGUUUCUGUUCUCCGCCUCCUCCCCCCUCCCCCUCUCCCUUUUUUUUUCUUCGUCUUCGCUGCUCUCUUCGCCGCCGCGACGUGUGUUCCCUCGUCUCUUCUUUUCCCAUAUUUUUCGAUCGAUCGCGGUGAACCGAUUCUGUUCGCGGUGACCAUCGUCGAUCGGCGCCGUCCAGUACGCAUCGCCCCGAGGAUCAUGGACGACGAGAAGAUCAAGCUAUUCGAAGAUAAAGCUGUGUACGGGUACGGGACGAGUAUUCCGCCGAACAACAACGAAGUCGAAGAGAACGAAAUAUCGGCGCCAAAGAAGGUGAUUUUCUGCGUCCACGGGAAACUUUCUGGCUGCUGUACGGUCGUUAAGGGUAUGUCUGCCGACGAAAGUGCAGCCGCCGAUUAUAACAAAAAUUCUUCCUCCUUGACGGAAGACCAUUGUCACAGAGAAAGAGAUGAGGAGAUCGAUAAAAAGGCAAGAAAGAAACUACUUCUUGCUAGUAUGCUGUGCGUAAUGUUUAUGAUAGCGGAAAUCGUAGGUGGAAUAUUAUCCAACAGUUUGGCCAUCGCAACAGACGCUGCGCAUUUGUUGACCGAUUUCGCGUCGUUUAUGAUCUCGUUAUUCUCGAUAUGGGUUGCGAGUCGACCAGCGACGAGAAAAAUGCCUUUCGGGUGGUACAGAGCGGAAGUAAUAGGAGCAUUGACGUCGGUUUUGUUGAUAUGGGUAGUUACUGGAAUACUGUUUUACCUGGCUGUGGAGAGGAUCAUUCACCAAAACUUCAAAUUAGAUGCGAACGUAAUGUUAAUCUCGUCUGCCGUUGGCGUUGCGGUAAAUCUAGUAAUGGGUUUGUCGUUGCACCAACAUGGGCACAGCCAUGGGCAUAGUCAUGGGCACAGCCACGAACAGUCCAAGAAGAAAACGGACUGUGUGGAAAGCGGUAAAGUCGACAACGAGAACCACGAUAAAAAGAACAUAAACGUGCGGGCUGCUUUCAUCCACGUUGUGGGAGAUUUCAUUCAGAGCACGGGGGUGUUCGUCGCGGCGUUGAUCGUUUACUUCAAGCCGAGUUGGAGCAUAGUCGACCCAAUAUGCACCUUCUUGUUCUCGGUGUUGGUGAUAUUCACCACGGUCGCGAUAAUCAAGGACGUGAUUAACGUUCUGAUGGAAGGUAUACCAAAGGGAUUCGAUUACUCUCAAGUGGAGAGUACGUUCACGCAAAUAGAGGGGGUCUUGAAGGUGCACAAUCUUCGUAUUUGGGCCCUCUCGUUGGAUAAGACUGCAUUGUCGGCGCAUCUAGCGAUAAAACCGGGAACUAGCCCGCACGACAUACUACGCACGGCGACUAGGAACAUUCACGACGAGUACAAAUUUUUCGAAAUGACACUUCAGAUAGAAGAGUUCGACGAACGAAUGGAGAAUUGCAAACAGUGCAAGGCGUUAUCGCAGUAAAUUGCUCACCACCUUCGGAUUUCAAUAGGGGGCGCGCGACGAGCCGCGCCAGUGGCCAACUUCGACUCUCGAGACUCGAAAGGUCUGCAAGCGAGCUGAAAAUAAUGCCUUGGAACGAGAGAGCUGAGCAUUUCCAGCCGCGUCGUACGCAACAAUGACUUAGGAGAUUGCCACAUUUUCCACAACCGUGAAGCGAGAAAUACUUUUUACCAUGGAUAUGGAGCCUACUCCCAUAAACUAACAGCCGAUAACAAUUGCUCAACAACAAAAAGUAUAACGUUUCCUUUGAUCGCGUUAGUUUUAUUUCAAUCGGUUGGUCUCAAAAUCCAACGCACGUUAUUAUCGUUAUUUAUUUUAACAGUGACUUUCAGUGAUGUGAUCAAAUUAAAUUUUAUAUUCUCGA